UGAUACUAAAAUGUCUGGAUUAUUGUCAUCUGAUAUCAAUGAAGUUAAUCUAGAAUUUAUAGAAGAACAUACAUCGCUUGAAUUAUCUAUUCGUGACUUUGAAGAGGGUAUUCACACAGGUUUUCAGCUCGCAACUAAAGCAGGGCCUCUUUGUUCUGAACCAUUAAUGGGAGUGGCAUAUUUCUUGGAAGAUUUUACAAUAUCCAUAGAUGAAAAUGUUGAUAUAUCUGAGAGUGGAUAUGUUAUAACAACAAUGAGAGAUGCUUGCCUUCAAGGAUUUCUUGAUUUGUCUCCUAGAUUGAUGCUUGCCAUGUAUUCUUGUGAUAUUCAAGCGACAACUGAAGCUUUAGGUCGUGUAUAUGCAGUUAUAUCUAGACGUAGAGGUCGCAUUAUAUCAGAAGAACUAAAAGAAGGAACUUCGUUUUUCCAAAUUUCUGCAUUGCUUCCAGUUGUUGAAAGUUUUGGAUUUGCUGACGAUCCUUUUUGGGUACCAACAACCGAGGAAGAGCUUGAAGAUUUAGGAGAAAAAUCAGAUAGAGAGAAUCUUGCAAAAAAAUAUAUGGAAAAUGUGAGGAAACGCAAG